CCUGAUGCCUCUACCCAGCAUGAUGAACUGAUCCAGCCUGACGAUCCUAUUAGGCCAGUUGACUCGAUGCCCGCUGUUGAUCCAGAUGAUCCGGUACCUGACCCGGUGCCCACUGUCGUGCCUGUUGACGCGGUGCUCGCUGUCAAGCCAAAUGACUUGAUGCCUGGUGACCCGAUGCCCGCUGUCCAGUCAGAUGAUCCAAUGUCUGACCCAGUGCCCGCGGUCAUACCAGUUGACUCGGAGCCCACUGCCUUGCCAGAUGACGCGGUGCCCGCGGUCGAGCCAAAUGACCUGAUGCCUGCGGUCAUGCCAGUUGACUCGGAGCCCACUGUCGUGCCUGGUGACUCGGUGCCCGCUGCUCCGCCUGGGGGCCCGAGACCUGUCGCUCCACCUGGGGGUCCGGCGCCCGCCGCUCCGCCUGAGGGCCCGAGACCUGUCGCUCCACCUGGGGGUCCGCGCGCCCGC